AUGACGGCAUGCACGGAAAACCUCGCCUACAUCGAAGAUUUGGCAGCGAAUGAGGAGGCCGGAGAGGAUGAAGUCGAUGGCGAGACAGCUGUCGCCUUCCAUGUGUUGAAAUGCCAUCAGGAUCGAGGAUAUGAGUACUCCCUAGCCCAAACUGCGAUGGAUUUGCCUCCACCUGCGAGUUACGACUUGAUGGCGAUCAUGGCUCCGUUUGACGGUUUCGGUGAAAUCCCAGAUUUUCGAACCCUGGUAGACCGGUGUGAGAUCCCCAGCGGAUUUGUGUUGGAGAGAGCGCGAUCUGUGACACAUUCAUUCGGCUCAUCGUUAACUAAAGACGGAGUGCAAUCGGUAUGGAUCCAAUUCCUGUGCACAGCUUCGUCUCCAGACGUCGAAAGGUCAGAAUGGCUGCGGUCCUCCGUUGUUCUAAAAUGGUCCACGGCCGGUGACCGAACACCCGACGGUAGGUUCCAUUGUAAGGCGCCUGUUACUCUGAUGUGUUUCGGGCAUGUUGCGAGUACUAUUGGCAAGCGACUCAUCAGGCUCGUACGAGGAGCCGAUUGGGAGGAUGUCCUUCAAGACCCGUAUCUGCUAUUAGAUAUGGUGUACGAGGCCUGGUACAUCCAUCUGGACGAUAGUGGCUGGAAAACCAACGAUUUUUGUCGGAAUAUCGAAAAGGAUGCUUUUCGUGGCGCAAGACACCUUGAUGCCAGUUUCCAAGGUGCCCCGGUUGUUGAUCUUCACCAUGUUCAUACCAUUGCGAAAAACGCAAUCUUUAUGCUCGAAGGGCUCGAGGCAACCCUUCGGUCUCUCGACGCGGCAAUCGCCCAUCACCGCGAACUGCCCGAUACACACCUGCCUAUCUGGAAAGCCACGCAUAGUACCCUGGUCCACCGCAGGGAGCUCUUCCAGGCGACCAAACUGAGGAUUAUCAGCGUUGAAAAGCGGCUGGCGAAUAUCAUUAAUCUCGCAUUCAACAUUGAUGCCAUGCAAAACAGCCGCAUCACGCAGCGGGACAGCUAUAGCUUGAAGGCGCUCUCUCUGGCUGCCACCGUCUUCCUCCCUCUCUCGACGAUAGCUACAGUCUUCAGUACGCCAUUCUUUGAAUCCUCGGGCUCAUCGCCAUCUCCGCAGUCUGGCGGUGGGAAGGGAGGAGGUGAAACGCUGCUUGUCCGCCGUAACUUCUGGCUUCUAUGGGCCAUCUCGGUGCCCAUCACAGUAGCCUUGAUAUGCGGCUGGUGGCUCUUGGAGAAAAAGGCUCAGCCCGGGUCCAAGGGGAGACAUCGGCCGGAGAUAGACGUCGAACGGGGGUAG